CAUGCCCAAAAUUACAAUACCGAUAGUUCGUAUGUAACAUUACCAAUAUUAUCUCAAAAUGGGAAAGAUAACCUUAGAUAUGCUGGCGAAAUCUCCAAGCCAUACAAAGAAAAGAAGAGAUGAAACUGUGCAACAAUACGUGCGGAGGUUGACCCACUUGUAUUUUUCAGAGAAAAACAUCGAUGAAAUUGUAAGUUUGUUCGACUAGCGGAUUGAAAAUCAGUGAGCUUAAAUUUUGUAUUCCACAGAUAUCCUUCUCAUUCAAUCCUAUGAGUUAGAUAUUCGACCCGCAGUCAUGGACAAAAAUAGGCUUUCUCGAGGUCAGGGUGCUCACAAAGUUAUUGAUUCGUGGGUGGGAAGUUUUCAAAUGAUUGUAAGCUAUGAGUUUUCAUAAAGCUUAUGUUCACUCAUAGCUAGAGUAAGAGAUCUUAUAAACGUUUUACAGUCUUAAUAUGCAGCAAAACUGUGUGAAAUACAUAUUUCUGGCAAAACUUGCUCAUAAAACUGUUUUCAAGUUUAGAAUAUCGAGCGAAAGAUAAAAUUUUGUAAUUUAUAUCUCACACUGUUCAUAAAACUACUGUAUGACAGUUGUCUACAUACUUGGAAUACUGUUUGCAGGAGUGAGGAAAUUCUUAGAUGUGAUCAGUGUGAAUUUACAGCGAUUUGUUGUCUGUUUUGAUAUUGCAGGAUAAUCUUCAUCACUGUCGAAAUCUAUCAGUUCUCUACCUUUAUGACAACAAUAUUGCAAAGAUCAAGAAUCUUGGUUUUGCAACCAGCCUAACACAUUUAUACCUUCAGAAGAAUGAGAUUACUAAAAUAGAGGGACUAGACAAUCUUAGGAGAUUAACAAAGUUGUAAGUAUCUCUGUGCUUACUUACCCUGGGACAGUAAUAUUAGUAGGUAUAUGGUUGAGCUGUUCCAAUUUAAACUUUUUUUAACUAAGAGGUGUACACAGUACUGCUUAAAAAAGUAGAUGCAGAGUCCCCUUUCUUGUUGGUGGUAAUGGGUCGUUUUGCCAACAAUUCGUUUUGCCAACGGUAGUUUCGCAAAUGUCUCUGGUCAGUUCACAAACGUGUAGAAGUUAGUUAUAAAUGUUAUAAACAUUUACAUGUCAACCUGGGUUUAACAAGAAUUGAUUCAGAAUACCACAUUAUUGACACAUUGUAUGCAUAAAUUGCUGGAAGUGAAAUAUCACAGCUUAUUUCUCGCUAAAGUAUAUUUCAUAAUCAAAUGGACAGUUUUUAUCCCGUGUCUUGGUAGUUGUGGACCUUCCUUCAAAGAGCAAAACUUCCUGAUAGAACACAACAACAGUAAGACUUGUUUCAUAUUCAUUGGUAGAUUGAUUUGUGGGUUACAGCUACUGUACAUGCAACACGCAAAUGCUGUGAUAGAGCAAAAUCAACUACAAAACUGUAUGACCUUAGCUAGAGGGUUAGUUUGUAUGCUCAAUGUUGAUAUCUCAAAUCUACAAAGUGUGUGAACUGACUUCUACACAUAUAAAUGCUAGUAACAUUUGCAAAUUAAACUGACUUCUAAACGUUUGUGAACUGACUUCUACACAUUUGUGAACUGACUAGAGACAUUUGCGAAACAAUCGUUGGCGAAAUGACUCAUUUGAAAACAACCAACAUUCUUGUUGGCAUGCAUUCUGUUGCACAAGUCAACAAAAAUCAAGGAAAAAAAAUUGAUGUUAGUGCGUGGCAGGGAGGUCCUGGAGUGAGUUGCUUGAAAAGUAAGGAACAUCUCACUCAAGAGCUCCCCAUGGUGUGCUGACAUCAUUUUUCCCCCUAAUUUUUAUUGAGAAGCACUAGUCUAAAACAUAGAUUAACAGUCCCUUGAAAUAUGCACAAACUGGAGCAUGCUUCAAUUAGAGCUUCUGGGAUAAAAAGGGAAAAUUAUACCUUAGGACCCCUCCCCUGAACUGAAGCAAUCAGCCCUAAAAAGAGCAGUGGUCAUUACUAGUUGCAAUCAAAAGAGCAAAACUCUUGUUCCAAAUUCUGUUUUCAUUUUAAGCUACAAGAAUUGAUUUUAUAAAUUUCACUUAUUUUGAUAAAAUUUGCAGGUACCUUGGUUCUAAUUCCAUCACAGUUGUGGAGGGGUUGGAGAAACUGGAAAGUCUUCGUGAGCUUCACAUUGAAAAACAAAAUCUACCUCCUGGUGAAAAGCUUCUCUUUGAGCCAAGAUCACUUGAAGCUCUUUCUGUGAGUACAAAAAUUCUUAACAGUUAAUUAAUAGUUUAUCACUGACAGUAAUUGGGUUGAACCCAGAAGUGAACAGGUGAUCAUGUGUAAAUAAAUUAAAAAUAACACCAUUCAUGCAGUAAUUAAUACUUUUCUUUUAACAGAAAUCACUAUGCGUGCUGAAUAUAUCUGAAAACAACAUAGAUUCUGUGGAGGAGCUGAAAUGUCUCAAGAACAUGACACAGUUUUUCACAGAAAACAACUGCCUCUCAGAUAUGAAGGUGCGACACUUCUUAAUAAUAUUUUUUCCUUGUAAAAUUUUCUCCUAGUAUUUGUAAGCAAGUAUAAUCCUUUGUCCAGGAGGUACUUACUUCCAAUGUAGAUGGAUUGCUUUUAGAUUUGCAUAUUAAAUUUCCUUGUUGAAUACUAGCCAACCACAGCUGAACACAUUGUCAUAAAAUUGUAUGCAGUUGACCCUAUAGCAUGAAGAAGGCUUGCAGUAUGCAGUCAAUAUGGUUCUUUCCACCUUAAAACCCUCUAUCUUGUGAAACAAAUGAUUACAUCUAACCCUUAGAGCCCUAAGGGGUAAGGACUAGCAUCUAAUUGCUAACUUACAAUGUCACCACUGAAUCACACAUUAAGGUCACAACAAUAAAUGAAAUAAUCAUCAACUAAAGAAGCUGUACUUUUUCAGCACCUUAGGUAAUGUAUAGAGAACAGUAUGGAGAAUGUGCAUACUGAUUUUAGGGUGUAAAGUAUUUAAUAAAAACAAAUUAAGUGUAUUUACCAUGAUGAGUAACCACAACCCUUUUUGUGAUAUUGUCCAUCUAUUAUGCUUGAGAUGGCACAGGAAUUUGAGAAAUACAUUACCUGAUGUUUAAUUUGUGUAUUUUAUUCUGACUGCAAAAAAGCUCCUUAACCAACUUAUUUAAUAAACUUAAAUCUUUUUUUUUUGCAAAAGGAGCUUUCAAGAGUUUUUGCAUCUUGGCCAUCACUGUGGAGGUUAGAACUGACUGGAAAUCCUAUUUGUAACAAGAAAAAAUACAGGGACAGGGUCAUUGUUAUGUCCAGGUCAUUAGGUAAGUAAAGGUGCAAGGGAAUUUCCUUGGAAGAGAUAUGAUUUGUUUUCCCACCACUUAAACUAUUUGUCUGUAAUCUUAUACUAACAUACAAGUUGCUUUCAACCACAACCAUGUAUAAACGUAUUGUCUAUACUCCAAAUUAAUGAAGCUGCUUGCUGAAAUUUCAAGAGAGAUGGUGCAAAGGUAGCGUUAAGUAUUGAGUGAUUGCAGGUGCAUAACCUCAGAAGUGUCAGAGGGCUUUACCGGACGAUUAUUAGCUAAAGAUUCAAGCAGCAAGCGCCACUCUUUCAUCCUGCAAAUUUCACCUGCUGUUGGUGCUUAGUGACCACCCUGAAUAUUGAUAAUAAGACCAAGAGAAAUGUAAAGAAUUUAUUUUUUAAUCAUACAUCAAUACUUGUCUGUUUUUUUAAUUAUAGUUUCUUAAAUUUUGUUUCAAUUUACAGUUAUGCUUGAUGGCAAGGAAAUCAAUGAGACUGCCAAACGAUUUUUAAUGAACUGGAAAGCCAGCAGAGAUGCAAGAAGGAAACAGAGGAAACAGCUGCACUUCCUUGAAGGGGGAGCAUCAAAUCUCAUAUCGGAUUCAUCAAAUGCAUUUUCAAGUAUACCUCCUCUUCCACCCAUUCAGGGGCUACCAAAUGCUGACGGGGAAUAUAUGAUAAACCCUGGAGUAAAUCCAUUACUUUAUGAAGGAGUUGUAGCCAGUGGAUCCCAGUCAUUAGCACUACCUAGGGGCACAAAACCAUUUGCAGCUAUAAUGCAAGCAAGAGCUCCAAACUCAACACUUUUAAACAGGAAACCUGCAGAGGAUGUGUCACAAUCAAGGUAAGCAGCAUCUCAAAGAUUGUCUUUGGAAAUUCUUUUGGAUCAAUGAACAAUAAUUGCACACCUACCCCUCCCUUAACCCUACAUUAACCCUAGUUUGUUAUCAGUUGACUGUUAUUGUGUUAAGGGAGGGGUAGGUGUGUAGCUGCUCUGACACUGACAAUGAUCCUUGCUGUCACUAAUUUGAAGAAUUGAUGUGGAUAGUGUUCACACUGGUUAGACUCACCUGUAAGACAAUGUGUGUAUUAGAUUACCAAGUUAUAGGGAAUAAAUUAAUAUCAGUAAAGAUCCACAUUUGAAAAACAAAUAUAUAUGACACAUUGUUCUUUAGGGGUAAUUAAGUACAGGUUGCACAUUAGCAUCUGACACAAGAUCCAAUUUUUACAUUAAUAGAUAGACAAUUUUGUUUAUUAAUUUUCUGUUUUAUUUUAGGUUUCCAAACAUCUUUGCGCCACCACGCCCCAUCAUUUCCGAGUCAAACUGGGACACUGACAGUGAUGUCCACAGUGGACUACCUGUGCCACUACAGACAUAGUGAAUUAUGGACAAUAAAGAUUUCUGAAAAUUCUAUACGUUUUGGUUACAAAAAAGAUAAACACUGUUAUUGGUAACAAAUUGUCGAAGCAACAAAGUGAACACUUGGAGAUAAAAUCUUCAAAACUGUUCUUUUUUUAAUUCAGUUGCCUAAUACAAUAUUAUUAUGAUUAUUAGUUCCAUAAAGGUUUGUAUAUACGUGUGAAUCAUUAUUACUAAAUUAUUGCUAUAUUAUUGUAAAGUUUUGUACAUUUGUGUGAAUCAUUAUUGCUAACUUAUAUUGUAGAUUAUUGCUGUAUAACUAGAGCCAUAUUCAAGAUUGUUGCAACCUGCUGUAAACUGUAAAUAAGUUUGUAUAUACAUUGUUGAAUAUUACUUUUACAUGUUAAUAAUAAUAACAGAAUAUAUUUAUUUACUACUCUGAAUGCCAAGAAAAGCACAAGAUUGAGUUUGAGUCUAGAGUUGAAAAGACACCAAUUUUGAUACAUGAUAAAAAAUUAUUUCAAGAGUUUUUACCACUUCUCACUUCCAUCUCACUUGCUGAUUGGGGAAAUUAUUAUAUCUAGUUUUUAUCACAC